GCGCGCGAGGGAGGGCGUGCCUGGGCCGGCGGCGUGUGGGUCUCCUGGAGAAGCUGCAGGCCCCCGCAAUGGCGGUGCCGCGGAAGCGGAGCGGCGUGGGGCUGUGUGGGGCGGGCUGGGCCGGGCCCCUGGAGAAUGGUUUCCCGCCGUACAAGCGCCCCAAGAGCUAUGGGGCGGCCGGGCCCGCGGAGGGGCCGGGAGACCCAUUCGGGGACAACGAAGACUUCACGGCUGACGACCUGGAGGAGAUCGACAUCCUGGCAUCGCAGGCGCUGUCGCAGGAGGCGGCGGCCGUCGGCGCCUCGCCCCAGGCUGGCCUCUCGAGAGAGGCGUGGGGCGGGUGGACCACCUCCGCGCUCGGCGGCGUCCAGCGGCAGGCGGCGGGGCUGCCCCGGGGCCGCGGCCCCGCUGCCGGCGGGGGGCUGAAAGGAAGCACUACAGAAGACAAUCUGAUAAGAGAUGCAUUCCAGUUUGAAGUACUGCAAACACAGCAUGAAGAAAUUAAACAGAAGCUGAAAGAAAUGCAGGAUGAAAUUCUUACUAAAAAUGGGGAAAUUAAAAUUCUGCGUGACUCAAUGCAGCAGAUGGAGUAUGCUGUAGAGGAACAGAAGAGAUCAUACAUGCUAUUGGAACAGCAAAAAUCUCAGAUCUUAAGUGAAAAAGAAAAAGAGUUCUCCAAAAAGUUACUGUCAUUGCAGUCAGAGUUGCAGUUCAAAGAUGCAGAAAUGAAUGAAUUAAGAACUCGACUUCAGAACUGUGAAAGAAAUAAACAUGUUACUCAGGUGGUUUUAACACCAAGCCCUAAAAAGAAUUUUGCAAUACAAGUGAAAUCAGAAGGAUGCUCUCCACAGCCUGGAAAAAGAUGUUUUCCUACAAAGGAAUCCUUCAGUGCUGAGAUGUCCACUAGGCCACUGUUUUCUUCAGGAAAUUUGAUUGCCCCGACUACUCCGAUCAAAGAAGACAGUAAGACAACCCAUCCUGAAGUUUCAUCCAUGAAGAAUGAAGCAAUGGGGAAAAACGGUUCCUACAACUCUGUACCUAAACGAAAUACACAAGGUUCUAUCUUACUAAAUGCACUUAUGAAGCAGCCCAUUGUCCCUGGGUCAUUACUAGGACUCUGCCAUCUUCUUAGCAGCAACUCUGAGCCUCUACCUGGAGCUCUAUCGCAGCCUAACUAUUUGGAUACAAAGUCCACACAACUACCCAGCAGCAGGGCAACUCAAGAAGCAAUUGCUCCUUCUGUAUCCCUACGAGAAGCUCAAAAACUUGCAAUAACAGGACUGAAUUUGAUUGCUAUGGACGAAGGAUUAUCUGAAGGAAGCCCAACAGAAAGCCAGAGGGAGUUCUUGCACCUCACACGCUGCAAGAUCCGAGGUGCUGUGCAUCUCUUGCCCUUGGUAGAACACCAUGUUGGUGCAUACUGUCAAGCGGUACAAUUGGCAGACAAGUCAGUAAACAGUUCUUGUGGAAACCAUUCAGCUGUUUCUUCCAGAACCAACACAAAUAUGGUGUCAAGUAAGGAGGACUUCAGGUUGUCUCUUGAAGAAACUACAGUUGUAUCACUGGGUAUUCUUUAUUAUUUGGCAUUUUAUAGCUGGGAUGUUGUCCACACAUUGCUAUCUACUGAAGUGGAAAAAAGUUCUGCUGCUGGAGAUGAACAGGUUUCCAAGAUGGACAAAAAUGUGUUGUGUGAUAAUCAGUGUGAUAAUAAAGAAGAUACCAGGACAGAAGGAGGGCUGCCUGUAGCUCCACAGGAUGCUCCUAAUAACGAUCAAGCUCAACAUUCUUUGUUUAAAAAGCUGCUUAAGGUUUUAGCUUUUUCUUCUGCAAGAGGCUCCCAGACUGAUAGUAUACUGAACCAAAGCCUAAAAGUUCUGGUGAAAUUAGCUGAAAAUUCAACAAUGGACUUGCUAAUAAAUUUUCAGCACUUACUGAGUAGCCAGACACUGCUCCAUUGUCUGUGUCCAGAGACCCCUUUGCCUGCUGUCCUAUUGACUGUGAGACUGUUGUCUGUUCUUGCUCAACAACACAUGUUGGUUGCUCAACUUUGUUCUCAUUCAGACACCUGCCUCCUUCUUGCACUGUACAUGUAUAUUACAUCAAGACCAGAUAAAUCAGCAUCUGAAAUGCUUUGGCUUCAGCUGGAACAAGAGACAGUUAGACUCCUGACAAGGUGUAUGCGGUGUUCCAGUCCAGUGGUUUUAUUACCUGGUACAGACUGCCAAUGUAAUCUUGAGGUGGUUAAGGCAUUAAUUAUAAUGUUACAUAGACAGUGGAUGAAGAUUAGAAGAUCUGAGAACAGCUUGUGUGCAAAUAAGGAUCAAAUUAUUCAGUUUUUACGGGAUGCUGUCUUGCUCUUACACAGCCUAUCUCAGAAAGAUAAACUAUUUCAGGAACACUGUUUGGAAGUUCUCCAUCAAUAUGACCAAGCCAUGCCAGGCAUAAGAGCCAUUCUCAGAAAGACUCAAAAAUUGAGUGCCUGUGAAGAGCUGAUUUUGGAUGAAUUGUAUCCUCCUGAGCCAGAAGCAGAAGACCAGGGAAUGGACUCCAGCUAGCUAACAUCUAGCGAAGAUCUCUGUCCUCCUCAUAUAAAUCAUAAUAAUAAUUGCCUGUGUAAAUAUGAAAUUUAAAUCAUCUGUUCUAUUAAGUGAUUAUCUAAAGGUUGCACUCAAAUGCAGCACAACUAAGAAACAUUGUGAUUAUUUAAGGACCCUCUAAAUGUAGCUGAAAGCAAAGAAAGUUUGAUGAAAGAAUUAUACUGCAAUGUACUGUUUUGUUAUGCAGAACCGCUCAAUGGCUUAUGACUUGUUCUGUGUAUGAAUUUCAUCCUUUAUGAAAUUACUGUGAAUAGAAUGGGAAUUUCACUAUUGUCUUCUCCAUUUUACUGUGACUACAGCUGAAUUCAUGAUGCUGAAUGCGCCAAGGUAUUUGGGAAUCACUGAGUUCAUAUGAAAGUCUUUUGAAGAAACUUGCUUCUCUUGCAGCUGUAAUACUUUCUUGCUUGACUUCUGAAAUUUUCAUGUUGAUAUUAGUAAACAGUUUACUGUGAUUUUAAAAA